CCACCACCGCCACCACCAACUUCAUCACCACCACCGCCACCACCAACUUCAUCUCCGCCGCCACCACCACCUACGUCAUCAUCACCACCACCACCACCACCCUCAUCGUCACCACCACCACAACUACCAUCAUCACCACCUCCACCUCCACACUCACUUUCUUUGCCACCUUUGUUGUCGUCAGCACCCACUCCAUUGUCGCAUAGUGUUUCGGAAGCAAAACCGAGCGAGACGACUAAAUCCAAAGACUUGUCCGAGAGACACGAUGAUUCCUCGACAUUAUCUGGACAUUAUUACUCAGAUGACUUUGAAGUGGACAAAAGCUGGACAAGUCACCCGUCUCACUGUUCUGAAUCUGCAGCUGGACAUGACGCAAAAAACAAUGAAACCACUACCAGCCUUCGUGAUGACAACAGUGAUGACAACACUGACGACGACAUUAGCGAGCAGAUCCCAGUUCACAGUGAAACCAGCAACAGCAGUAGAAGUUAUCCCUUGAAAUUAAGCUUGGGUAAUGAGAACUUCGUUAAGGAGGACGUGUCUGUAAAUGGCAACCGUUCUGUGGCUCUUGUUAUGUCAGAACAUGUGGAUAUUGAAUGUGGGAAUGAAACAGAAAGCGAGAGGAAUUCUGGGGACAAUGUCUAUGAACACAAAAAGGUGUGUGCGAUGAAUGUAGACACUGCUGCAGCACAUCUGGCAUGGGAGCUCUUUCGGGAAAGGGAAAUGGCAGCGGAUGCCAUUGAUGUGUCUGAAAAGUUGCCUGUAGUGGAUGACAGCAGUGAAUCAGAAAAGAUACAUGAAGCAGGAGGCACCACUUCUGGAUCAGAGGAGGCGAGUGAGUCCAAGACGAGCUGGCAGGAGUCAGAGAAGGAAGGUGUAUCCGAGACAAGGUUGCAGGAGUCAGAGAAAGAACGUGAGUCCAAGAUGAAGUGGCAGGCGGAAGAGAAGGGAGGUGAGUUCGAAACAAGGUGGCAGGCAUCAAAGAAGGAAGUUGUGUCCAAGACAAGUUUGCAGGAGUCUGAGAAAGAAGGUGAGUCGAAGACAAGGUUGCAGGAGUCAGAGUUAGAAAAGGAAAGUGAGCCGAAGAUGAGGUUGCAGGAGUCAGAGAAGGAAGAUGUGUCCAAGACAAGUUUGCAGGAGUCUGAGAAAGAAGGUGAAUCCAAUACAACGUUGCAGGAGUCAGAGAAGGAAGGUGAGUCAAAGGCAAGGUUGCAGGAGUCAGAGUUAGAAAAGGAAUGUGAGCCGAAGAUGAGGUUGCAGGAGUCGGAGAAGAAAGACGUGUCCAAGACAAGUUUGCAGGAGUCUGAGAAAGAAGGUGAGUCGAAGGCAAGGUUGCAAGAAUCGGAGAAGGAACUUGAGUCCAAGAUGAAGUGGCAGGAACCAGAGAAGGAAGGUGAGUCGAAGACAAGCUGGCAGGAACAAGAGGAAGAGAGUCAAGUGAUCUGUGAGUCGAAGAAGACUGAUCAAACUGUCUGUGAUUCCGAGAAGGCCGAUAAAGCUAUUUGUGAUUCAGCAUCCGUACCAGAUGAAGAAACUUCUCCUUUAACAGCUUCUCCAAAAUCUGUAAAUGCAACCCAGACAACAACAACAACAUCAGUAACAGGUGGAGAUGUAGCAGAAAUGAAAGAAUUACAACGAGCAACAGCAACAGAUGUAACGGCGAGAAAAGACGUAAUGGCAGAAUUACAAGAUUCACCAGAAACACCCACUGAAAAGAAAGUCUCUCGGAAUGAAUAUGUAGAGAAACUAGUUUGCGAUCUUGUUGGUGAGUUUGUGUCUCAGUCCAUCACAACUGUCUGUGAAGUGGUCGCCAACAGGAAGCAGACCAUGGCCCAGUCUAAAGGGGCAUUAGCAAAGCCUAAGAGGAAGUCCUUGUCAUUGGGUAACCAGUCAGUCGCUGGUAAAGUGUCUCCUCCGGCAACAGCAAAGUCAGCUUGGGAGAAGUCUCCAGAAAGUGGGUUUAACACUCAACAGCAGUAUUUUGUUGAUGAAAUGGUGGCUUCUCUGGUGGACAAUGCCGUCGGGAACAUUGUGGACAUUCACAAUCGGAAGUUAUCCGCUGCGUCCCCUUCUGCGUCGCCAGGUAAAAAAGGGAAAGUGAGCAUUGACUUAGGGAAAGUGACCACGCAAAGAGGGUCCCAUUUUGAACAGUCGUCCAGCUUUGAAGAGGAUCUUUUCGUGUGGACCCUUUCACCUGAAUCUGAGUCUUCCGAUGACCUCGGAACUGCCGAUGUUGAAGAUGCAGACAAGAUGGAAAACGUAUCCAGACCUCAUUCUCCUCUACCCAGUCAUAUGAAAAAGACUCCAGACAGCGCGGACACCGAUGAUUUCUUUGGAGACUUUGAUUUGACCCCCUAUAAGCCUCCCCCACCAUAUCCGGGUUCCAAAGAAAAUGAUACAAUUGCUAAACCUGAGCUGUUGAAAAUAACCAAAGAAUAUUAUGCUGUGCCUCAUAAACGUGAAGAAAUUCAGCAGUUGGUGUCUGAUGCUGUUGAGAUUCUUUGGGAAAACAAACAGAAGUGUAUACAGUUACAAGAUAUAGCUUUACCAGAGACAUUCCUCUCCGUUACAGAAAACCUCUCGACUGACUUUGAUGAGUACAGCUGCCGCUCGUACAAAGCCAUGCUUUUUGACUUGACACGAGAAAUUGUGAGUGAAAUCUAUGAAGACAAGUGUGAUAAAAGUAACAAACUGCACAAAAGCGAUCAAGAGGACCAAAGCGAGGGCGUGUUUGCUCAGUUGCUCUUGCAGAACAGCCAACUGAAUAUCAACAAAUACUAUCGUACGCAUUCUAAGCCACCGGCAUGUCUUGACGAACUGCAGCAGGUCGUGGAGAAGGCCAUCAGCAGCCUGCUGCAUCUGGAUGGUGAGGCGGUCCCCUGUGGCAGCAGCAGCCGCGGCCACGAGUUUGACAAAUGGAAGACGUCGAAGAAGGACCACGUCGACCGCAUCUUGGUGCAAGAACUGCAAGACGAAGAACCGCAGUGGGUGAACUACGAUUCCGACGAGCUGCAGUUGAAGUUGCAACUCACUAACAGUAUAAUGGACUCCUUGAUUGGGAACACUGUCGACACAUUUAAACAUAUUUAUAAUAAACACUCUCAGUGGCAGCCUGUACAGCUUUAACUUUCUGGAUCACAUUCGCACUCAUGAGUCGCUCAACCGCCCAGUGCAACGACUCGUAUGAAAUGUGCUUAUCUAACUGUAUAUUUCUUCUUUCUGUAUUUUACUUCUUAUUUUUAAUGUGGAGUCACUGUUUGUUGAGAGUAAAAAUAAAGUAUUUUUUACAAUAAA